UUUUUAAUAUUCAGUAUAUAUAGGAAACCCUGGUGGUGUAGUGGUUAAGAACUGUGGCUGCUAAGCAAAAGGUUAGCAGUUCAAAUCCACCAGGUGCUCCUUGGAAACUAUGUGGCAAUUCUACUCUGUCCCUGAGGGUCUCUGUGAAUUGGAAUCGACUUGACUGCAUCAGGUUUGAGUUUGGAGUGUGUGUUAGCCAUGUUACUAUUAUUACUUUGAUGAAGGGAAUGCUCUGAAGUAUUCACACCAGAAAUAUACUCAGAAUCUGUGUAAACAGAGUUUUCAUUUUCACUAACAAGGAAUUGUUAUACUCUACUUACAUGCUUGGUGUUUAUAAUUUUUCUCUAAUAAUUAAGUAGUUUACUGAAAAACCCAAACGCAUGACCCUGUAGGACAGAGUAGAACUGCUUCAUAGGGUUUCCAAGGAGCAGCUGGUAAUGGAUUCAAAAUGCUAACGUUUUGGUUAGCAGCCGAGCUCUUAACCACUGCACCACCAGGAGUCAGAAUUGACUCGAGGGCAACAAGUAGUCAAGUGAUUAGGAGAACAAUAAUCCGUUUCUCCCUUAUCCUUUGCUGAGGUAUUUAAAUUGAAAAAGUUCUCUAGAUGCUUUUUAUGUCUAUAGGCUUUUAGCUCUGCAUAAAUUACAUAAGUCAAGUUGAUGCUUUAUUAAUGGUAUCACGUGCUUCACUCUGGUGUCCAGCUGUAUUCUAGCCACCCGUUAAAUUGAACUCCCUGAAAAGAAAAGCAGCCCGUCGGUAACAUCAACAUGGAAAUGAAAUACGGAAGCAAAGGAACCGUUGCCCCUUCUGUAAAAUAAAGAUCACGAGACCUGGUAUUUCUCCAUCUGUUGAGAGUGUUGUAAAGAUUAGGGAAACAUUAGCGUUUGCAAAAGCGAUUGUGUGCCAGGAAGGCAGAUAGAAAGAAUGUUAUGAAAGAAAUGACCAAAAUUGCAUGAUGGCAUAUAUUUUUUAUGGUAACAUCCUUUCUUUCAUUAACAGGAAAUUUCAGGACGAUCCAUUUGCUUAUUGGGAGUAAGGAGGGGAAACAUUUUUUAAAAAGAAUUCAUCAGGGCUUCCGCCUAACAAUGUAAACUUGUAAGAACGUGUCUGGCAUGCAGCGAGAAACUUAGGAUUUCAUAGUAACAGUAUAUUUGUCACCUUGUUUGGAAAGCAGAUUUUAAGCAUGAUCCCCGGAAUAUACCUGUUUUGACACUCUGUGAAAAAGGUGCAAACAUACGGGCAAACUCUGCCGAGGUGUAGAGUCAACGAGAAUGCUUUGGCUAGCAUCCUGCAAGGAGGUGGGUCUCAGUGAUCUGCUCCAGCUUCUGCUGCUGCUACUGCCGCUGCUAAUAUUGCUGGGAAGGAAAGUGGCUGCUCUGGCAACUCUUUUACUCUUGGUGCUGCAGCAGUCACUCAGGAAAUGUUGUUUAAGGGGAGCCUUCUGGAUCCUUUUCAUGGCACCAUGGCGAGAAGAAGCCGUAUCUUAUCUAUUGAAGAUAAAGCAUGGAGUUGGCUAAUGGAUGUUGCUCAUUGAAUUCCUUCAGUCUUCUUCAUCUGACCAUAACAGAACCUAAUGUAUUGGAUAUAUAACAGCUAGAUAUCCAUACCCCCCACCCGCACCCCAAUCUGUGUUUUUGGCUUUCUUGUGGGACGCUAGAAUGGCCUGUCUCCGUGUAUGUUGUUGCAUUUCUCCAUUGCUUCUCGUGUUCUGGUGGAGAUUUUUGGUGAUUCUUUUCAAGCGCUACCUGAGCUCUGCUAGUCGUUCCCCUUCUCCCAGGGUCUUGUGCUGUGUGGUCAUGUUUCCACCUCCUCAGCCCUGUCCAUUGGCAGAACCUUGGGUUCCGUGAUGGCUGCCUCUAAACCCUUGUGAGGGCGGGAAGUAUUCCUCCCCCUGCUGCUACAAUUGAGCCCUAUGCUGGGUACUACGUUGCCCUCUACACUUGCUUUCAAUUGUUAAGGCUUCCCAAGCUUUGGCUCUGGCUCAGUAAUCCUGCUGUCAAACCCUGAAGCUUUCCUUAGCUUCCCCACUCAGUGGUAGCAGCAGGUGUUGGAAUUUCUCCAAGCCCCUAAGACCCUGGGAGGAAGAGAAUGGCUGUUUGACAUAGACCUCAGGAGUUUUCAAAGCGCCAAGAAACCUCUUCAGAAGAUACCUAAAGGGUCGUUGCUCCAGGGAGAACUGCAAAUAUCUCCAUCCACCCCCACACUUAAAAACACAAUUGGAAAUAAAUGGGCGCAAUAACUUGAUUCAGCAGAAGAACAUGGCCAUGUUGGCCCAGCAAAUGCAACUAGCCAAUGCCAUGAUGCCCGGUGCCCCACUACAACCUGUGCCAAUGUUUUCAGUUGCACCAAGCUUAGCCACCAAUGCAUCAGCAGCCUUUAAUCCUUACCUGGGACCUGUCUCCCCCAGCCUGGUUCCAGCAGAGAUCUUGCCCACUGCACCGAUGCUGGUUACAGGGAAUCCCGGGGUACCCGUGCCUGCAGCUGCUGCAGCUGCUGCUCAGAAAUUAAUGCGCACGGACAGACUCGAGGUGUGUCGAGAGUACCAGCGUGGCAAUUGUAACAGAGGAGAAAAUGAUUGUCGGUUUGCCCAUCCUGCCGACAGCACAAUGAUCGACACCAAUGACAACACCGUCACCGUGUGCAUGGAUUACAUCAAAGGGAGAUGCUCUCGGGAAAAGUGCAAAUACUUCCACCCUCCCGCACACCUGCAAGCCAAGAUCAAGGCUGCCCAAUACCAGGUCAACCAGGCUGCCGCAGCGCAGGCCGCGGCCACCGCAGCUGCCAUGACUCAGUCGGCUGUCAAAUCACUGAAGCGACCCCUCGAGGCAACCUUUGACCUGGGAAUUCCUCAAGCUGUACUUCCCCCAUUACCAAAGAGGCCUGCUCUUGAAAAAACCAACGGUGCCACCGCAGUCUUUAACACUGGUAUUUUCCAAUACCAACAGGCUCUAGCCAACAUGCAGUUACAACAACAUACAGCAUUUCUCCCACCAGGCUCAAUAUUGUGCAUGACACCCGCUACAAGUGUUGUUCCCAUGGUGCACGGCGCUACGCCAGCCACUGUGUCCGCAGCAGCAACAUCUGCCACAAGUGUGCCCUUCGCUGCAACAGCCACAGCCAACCAGAUACCCAUAAUAUCUGCCGAACAUCUGACUAGCCACAAGUAUGUUACCCAGAUGUAGAAUUUCCAUCACUAAACAAUCGUACUACAGAGGAAAGGACAGUGUGCUUGGUUAGAGUAAAGGACACCGUCAUUAGCCAUAUUGUAUAUACUGUCAAGCAACACACAAAAAAAUCCCUCAGCCACAAGACUCACAACCACAUAUUGCAUGUUAACCAGAAGAAAUGACAACACGGAAAUCCACUGCACACUGUUGCCUAGACACUUUGUACAUUUAAUUGAUAUUUGUGCUGAGGUGAUAAUUCCUGUCUCAAAGAACAACACCGUCUUUCUUUUUCUAGCACAGAGUUAUGCAUUAAAAUAUGCAUAUCUAAUUAAUUUCCUAUAUAGUCAUGCCAUCUUGAAAAGACAGACUAUGGUGUAACCAUGAUUCUAUUAUGUAUUGGUACGUCUGUAGACCAAGAUAUAAUUUUUUAAAAAAUAAGUUUAUUUCUUUCAAGGUUUACAAAUAACAAAGGUGCACCUUGUAUUUAAAAUCGCCAUUAUAGAGGAGAGCGUGCAUGCCUGGUCAUUUUUGUGUAAGAGUAAUAUUUUUAAUGUCAUAGAUUGUAAGGCGUGGUGAGGGAGGAUUCUGACAGAUAUGAAUGUGCCAAGCAAAACCACAACUGUGUAUCUUUUAAAGCACACCAUGGCUUUUGAGUACCAUGUUGUUAAGAAUUCUCAUGAAGUGCCAUAGACUGUACAUCAAAUUAGAGUAUUAUUUCUUCAGUGUUAAACUGUUUUCAGAGCCACAUUUCGUUGCUUAUUUGCUAGGACUUAUCAGUCAAAGGGCACCAUUUCUUUUUUUUUUUCUUUUCUUUUUUUGGAAACCAAAGCUGUCUCAGAAAUGGCCAAUUUAACUUUACAGUAACAGUAGACAGCACAACAGAAACUCUCGAUACAGAUAAACUCACACGUACUGGAGAUAUAGACUAGAUAUAUAUAUAAAAUUACUUUACUGCAUUGUAGUGUAAUAUUUAUGCAUACUAUAUUGUAUAACAUGUAAUUCAAAAGGGAUAUGCCAUUUCUGAGACACGAGAACAACAAAAAAAAAAUGUUUGAGGAAAUUAUUUUGCUCCUAUUUAUGGCCUCUGUCAAAAGUCACAAGACUAUAAAUGCCUUCCAGACAUGGUUUCACAUUUGCUAAAACGUUUUGUCACAGUCACGUUCAAAAUAGUGACUCUAAACAAAGAAGAAAGCAGCACUGUUAUCAGACGCGUGAUAAACCAAAAUCUGAAAAUGGGAAACGUUUAAUGAACCCAGUCGUUGGGUGGGUUAAGUACCUGGGUAAAUUUUAUAUGUGAUUUUUGUUGUUGUUGUUGUUGUUGUUUUUGUUUUGUUCAGAUUAACUGCUUCUAGCCUUAGAAAGCCUUUUAAAAAUUAAAAAACAAAAAAAACACACAAAAAAAAAACAAAACAAAAAAAACAAAUAGAUGUGCACUCAGCUUUUAAGAAUGGAUUCAUCCAAAGGAAUUCCUCUUUUCGUGGUUUGGAUGUUGCAGCUAGUAAAGGAUAUUUUUGCUCUGUUCAGCAGUUGUAAAAAUUGCUGAAGUAGGGCCAGGUCACUGGUAGUGGUAGUGCAGAGUGGGAGAGGCGGAGGUUCAGUUAUAGAACUUUCCAUACUUCCAAGUUUACUGCAAGUUUUUAUGCUUGAGAGAGAUGCUUUUUAAUAUAAGACUGAUGUGUUGAUUUUCCUGAUUGUACUGUACAUCUAUUAAAGCCUUAGAUGAUUACAUUACGGGUUGGAACCCAUACCAAUGUAAUUUCAAUCGUGUUAAGAAAGUAAUGGUGACUUCACAUAUUAUUGUAGUUAGUUACAUUAUAGAAUAUUACUUAUUUUUCUUGUUAAAAUGUAGUUUUUCAUUUCCUACAUUUAUUAGAUUUUCAUUUUCUAUUAACAAUUGAAUACCAUUUCAGUUUAUAGACUCUUGUUUUAUUAGAUUUUACUGAUGAAUUUUUCAAAAGACAAAAAAAAGUAGUUUUUCCUUCAUAACAUAACUCAGUUUUGAAUUCCAUGUAGUGUCAUAUGAAUAUUCGUAUUAUUGUUAACUAAAUGAUUUAUAUUUUACUGAUUUAAUAUUAUAGUGUAAGAAUGUCAGUCAUUGUUCUUGUCUAGUUUUCAUUAAAAGAACAAAGAUCUUUUAUAUGGAUAUCUUAUAAAUAUAUAAUCAUUGCUAAGUAAGAAGUUAAGUUGUUGCUAUCGCAACAAUCCUGGCAGACAAUUGAGUAAUAUUUUGAUGAUUUAUUUUGUUUGUAAUUAGUUAUUAUAAGAAGAUCUAGAUCCUAGAUAUUAGAAUAAAAUUUAUUUUCUACUGUAUCCAUUUCAAAUGUUAAAGUAUUGUUUAAUAUUUUUGAAAUCCCUGAAUAUCAGGCCUUGUUAUAAAUAAGCUGCAUAAUCAAUAAAUAGAACAAGGGACUUUUUGUUGAUAAUCCAAAUACUCAAAGUUUACGUAACGAGAAUUCUAGCGUGUGUGCAAACUCUUGAGGGUUGAUUAUGCUGCAAUUUAGCAUGUUGGAACGUCUAGAGAGAAGGUUGACUUUUUGCACUUCUGUAUAUAGUCAAAAGAGAGAAACCUGUAUAAUAGUAAGAUCUUAUUUUGAAUAAAAACGUCUAUAAUUACAAGGAGUUUUGUUAAGGCUAAUAAAAUGACAGACUGAGCAAAAUUGCUUGCAAAACGGCACAGAGUUAGCACUCCAUACCCGUUCAAACAUGUUGCUUUGCUUUUUGUGGACAGCUUGUAGUUUGCCAGGAUUUUUUCAGCUGGAAAGAUACACCAUCCUUCCAAGAUCUCAUGACUGACAAAAACUCCAUUGGGCCAAAUCUGCCUGAAGAUCGUUACCAAAAAUAGCAGGUACUUCAACCAUUAAGGUGAAUCAUGGAUCAAAUAUUCCUUACAUUUUUCAAAACUACUGCAUGUUUAAAACUUCAAAAAAGAAAAAAAAAGAGAGAGAGAAAGAACUAUACCAAGGACCUCUAUUAUUCAGAUCCGUUUCUGACAAUUUCAGUGGUUUCUUGUUCACAAAACAAAAUCUUCAAAACCAAGAUUGACUGUCACAAAAUUUAAACCAUAAACAGGCAAACCAAACAGCACACUGUAGCUAUAGUUGUUAUGUGAUUUUUCUUUUUUUUUAAUUGCUAUAUGAUCCUGUUUUUUCAGCAGGUAAAAAAAGUGAAACACAGUUUAAAUGUCACAGUUUUAAUUUUCAACUCAGAAGCACUCAAAAAAGGAAAAUGUGAUAAUGGGCACUUGUUUCAUUAACUCGGGUAUCCAGCCUCGCUCCAGCUGGGCCACAACGUUGCACUUCUCAGCAACCCUACCACUUUCAUCUGCUGAAAGGACAGGUGUGCUUGGUUUUACUAUUAUGUAAUCACAACUUACUUUCUGCUUGUAGUUGCUUAAAAUUAUGUAUUUUGUCUUGGGCUGCAAUUUGUUUUAUGCUUAUUUUAUUAUUACUGCAGUAGUCGACUUUGCUGUAUGGAAAAAUAAAGUGAAAUUGCCCUAAUAAAACUUCUCUUUCUUAAUUA